GGUGGUGUAACAAAUUGGGGCCUGUCCGGGAUCCAUCUAUUGCAAUAGAGAGUACGUGCAUAAUAUUAAGAUGAAUGUACAAAAGUUCAUUGAUAAUCCAUCACUAGAGUUUUUGAGUGCAGGUACAUUAAGGAAGGAUGAGUGGAUUGCUUUGGCAGAGCAUUACGAAAUUACUGUUAGGAAAAGUUGGAGGAAGAUUCAGAUUAAGAACGCUGUGAUUAAAAUGCUGGUAAAUACUAGUGUUAUUAAGGAGGAGGCCUUACAUUUGUGUGAGGAGGAGGGGGCUACCUGUCUCAGUGAAAAUGCACUGAGAGCUUUGGAGUUAGAGGUUGAGCAGCGGAAGUUGGAAGACAGAGAGAAGGAGAGAAGAUUUCAGUUGACCAUGCUUGAAAAGAAGUCUGAAAUGGGCCUUAUUGGAGAGCAGGCAUUUGAUGUGACAAAGUGCUGUAAGUUUGUGCCUGUAUUUGAUGAACUUGAUGCUGAGGAAUACUUCCUUCAGUUUGAGAAUGUUGCCACAAGUUUGUCAUGGCCAAAAGGGUAUUGGCCCAUAAUUGCUCAGACUUCCUUUAAAGGAAAAGGGCUCUCAACCUACCUCUCCUUGAUGACUGACCAGCAGAAAGAUUACAGUAUUGUCAAGGAAUCUAUCCUCCAAGCCUACCAGUUAACUCCAGAAUUUUAUCAGUCUAAAUUUCGUAACUCUGCCAGGACUCCCAAUCAGACUUUUAUUGAGUAUGCACAUUUGCUGAGGAAAUUGCAUAAUAGGUGGAUUGCAUCUCGUGGAGUAACCACAUUUGAUCAGUUACGUGAGCUUAUGGUGCUAGAACAGUACUUGAACACCUUGCCAUAUGAUAUAAGAGUAUAUUUAUGUGAAAAAGAGCUAGAUUCACUUGAUAGAGCAGCUUUCUUAGCUGAAAACUAUAAUCUAAUUCAUAAGGCUAACAGAAAGAGUUAUCCUGACCAGAACACAACUCGACAUGUUGGUAAGCCUUUGAGUACUGAUUAUGUUGGGAAAAGUGUGAACAGUGCAAGUUUUGACACUAAAAUUUGCAAUUACUGCAAGAAGCCAGGUCAUUUUGUGGCAAGUUGUCCUAAGUUGGAGAAGAAAGAUCAGAGUAGGUCCGAUAUAAAACCUGUUAUUAAUUAUGUCUUUAAACCAGCAGAUGUGAGUGAUCCUGUUUUAACCACGUCUAAUAAGUGUCAACAGCUGUUCCAACCAUUCCGAUUUGAGGGUAGUGUGUCAGCCUCUGAGGCCGGUCCGUCCAUCCCUGUCAGUAUCCUGCGUGAUACAGGUGCCUCGCACAGUAUUGUGACACUACCAAACGAAGAAGAGGAGGAGGAGGAGGAGGACUGGGAAGAAGACGAGGAACACAGGAGGAACCCAUUGAGAGAACAAGAAGAAGAAGAAGAAGAAGAAGAAGAAGAAGAAGAGGAGGACACAGGAAUUCCUUGGUGCAGAAGUCUUGUGAAACUGUCAGCAGGGUCACAUUAAACUCUAGCAGAUGAACCUGACUCAGUAAAGGUGGUAUAUCACUCAUCAGGCAACAACAACAUGACAAAAUAAUAAUAGGCCGAAGUGAUAGCGUACUGGACCCACAUUCGCCGCGUGAUGGACGACGUGGGUUCGAAUCCUCACGCUACCACGCUGUGUGGGGCCGGGAAGAUGUGCCGUGGGCUCAACCCCCCCCCCAAGCGACUCCCCCUGACCAGGGAGGGAGGGGAUACAAUUACUUCAAAUUACAUUGAAUACAUAUGAAGUUGUUUUAAUAUGAAUACAAAUACCUUCUUGUCAUAAUUGGGUUUAGCAGUGUUGUAAAGUUAUCUAAGAUCAGGGAGGGAAUACAAGUGUUGUGGAUUACAAUACCAAUACAGUACUUCAAAUUACAGUGAAUAGAAAUACUGUUUUGAUAUGAAUGAAUACUCCUUCUUGGCAUAACAGCAGUGUUCUAAAGAUGUACAAGGUAGUGUAGCUCAUAACCCUGUACUCAACACAGUGCUAACAAGAAGGCUGUUUUGAUAUGAAUGAAUACACCUUCUUGGCAUAACAGCAGCAGUGUUGUAAAGAUGUACAAGAGCUCAUAACCCUGUACUCAACACAGUGCUAACAAGUCCCCCGGGAGGCUGUGUGGACUUGUAACGCCUGCUAUUACAGAUGAUAGAUUUUGAAGUGUUCCUCAGAUAAUUAUUUGCACAAUACAAAUACUUUUCCCUUGUAUUCCAAUCACAAUGAGAAUGCUUUGAUUUCUAUCAAUAGUUAUACCAAUACAAACACACCCAAAUAUGGUAUUCCAGUGUAUUUGAAUAGGAAUGGGGGUGGAGGCGGCCUUGGCCCUGAACUGUCAAGCCGCUCAAGUGUCAUUUCCCUCAUUGUUAAGGUGGUGGGCAGCUGUCAGGUGCUUGUCAGGCCAGGCUCGUCAGGUCACCUGCUGUGUGGAGCGAUGACUCGUGUUCAGGUGAGGCCACUCACUGGCAGCACUGUUGAUGAAGACCCGUCACAGCUGAGGCAUUCAUGUGCAGGGAAACAGUUCACAGGGAGAGAGAAACACUGCUGUACAAGAUGUUAAUUAAAAGUGGGAAUACUACUAUGAGCUAUGUUAGUACAGUAGAGCCCCAUUUAGCGUGAGAAUUAGGUGGAUGAACGCGGUCGCGCUAACUAAAUUCGCGCUAAUUGAAUAAAGUAACCAAUAUGAAAAAAAGUUAUUUGGUGCACACAUGGGUCUGACUUUUGGGUUUGAUAAUUACUCAAAAUACGCAGUCAUCAGUUAUGGAUGGUGACUCUUGCGGCCCAAGGUGUCGGCAAGUGGGUGUGACAAGAGUUCGGCCUUUGGAAGUAGCUGAUGUGAGGAGCGGAGAUGUCCGAGGCUCACAUUCUUGAAAAAGCCAUCCCGAGAGACUUGUAUUUAAGGCUUCCGUAGGAGUUUUGGGCAUUUCCAGGGGUAGUUUUAUGACCCUGGUGAUAGAUUAACCCUUCCUAUGUACCAUGAACCUUCAAAACCACUCAAUUAGAACCCGAUUGAUCUCCUUUUUGGCAUCUGACAGUCACAUUCUUAAAAAAUAUUGUUCCAAGCGCACACAUUUGACAGGCUUUUGUAGGAGUUGUGAGAAUUUCCAGGGGCAGUUUGAUGACCCAGGUGGUAGUUUUAACUUUCUCCUUACCAUGAAUCUUAAAACAAGACUCGUGAGAACUUGAUUGAUCUCCUUAUUGACCUUUGCAAGUAGCUGACGUGAGGGGCGGAAGGGUCUGCCUCAUAGAUCUUAGGAAGGAAAGUUUGAGACGUACCUUGAAUCAGCUCCUUAACGACAGUAGACUCCACGGCUGGCGUUCCUUCCUCCUUGUCUUCCUCAAAUUCCAGACUUUCCUCCUCUGUGAUGUACCUUUCUCUCUCUCUCUCUCAGUUCUAAUCAUUCCUUCUUUAUUUAGUUUUAUUUAUAUAUAUAUACCUUAAUCUCUCUCUUCUCCGCCUCCUCCUCCUCUCAUACGUACAUCCUUCUCGGUAAAUCCUUUUCACUGUAUCGUAUAUAUAGUUCCAUUAUUUGCUUGUUUCCCUUCCUCCUCAUCUCUUAACGUAUAAACGAGGCUUCCGGCAGAGAAAUCCUAAGGCACGAUGACAUAUUGUUACGUAUAUUAGAGUACGGUAACACACUGAGAACAGAUUACGAGACUUCCAGCCCUCUGUACAUUCUAUACAAGGUUUAUUUUCCCUUGCAAGUUACUAUAUCUUGUUCUUCCUUUCCCCCCUUGCUAACUAGAACAUAAUUAUUGCCAUAUUGCUCUUGUCAUGAUGUAUGUUACGAGGGAAAGUGACCCUCCGUCUGCCCCAUAAAAGUUGAGCUUCCAUUUUCAUUCGUCCCUCGUUCAUCCUUGGAGGGGUAGUCUGUCUGUCUGUCUUUCCCAGUGCAAAUUAGAGUUAAAUUGCUGUUAAAAUACUAAUUGCAAGGGGAAAGAGACCCUUCGUACGCUUUACACAAGGGUCGCCAUUCCUAAUGUCACCUCACUUCUCUGCUGUACGCCUCAAAUGUUUUAGUCUGUGAUAUGUUAUCUGCUUUCUCUUUGUCUAAGGUAUUUAUGUCAUAGUAAUAAUCUCAUGUCUGUCUUAUUUUCUUCUUGUUUCCACGUCUUUUAUUUCAUAUGUUCUUAUUGUCUCUUAAUUUCCAUUGCUUUUUCAAUGACUUUUGAGCUCUUUAUGUAUACAAUCUCUCCUCUUGUUAGUUCCCUUCGUUGUCUUCUCUUAUAUCUCAAUAUCUUGUUUCCAAUUCAUAUAUAAUUCUUUUUAUA